AUGCGCACUCCAACACUCGCGAUACCAGCCGCCGCAUGGCUCCUCCUCUUGGGGACAGCAUCAGCAGUGCCCGCUCCACCACUAGAAGAACUCCCAACAACCGCCGACCCAGCCGCGCCCUGGGUCACCGUCGAUGAGGCCGGGGCCACCCAGACCGUGACGCCCUGCCGCAACUCGGACGGCCCGUUCAAGCCCUUUUGUCUGCCCAAACAUCACGAUGUGUACUUUGCCGGGUCAACACACUAUGUAACCUGGGACACAACCUUCUUCGCCGACCAAAACACCACCCUCAAAGUCCUCGGCUUCUACACCAACACCUCCGCCCCGACCACCCACCCCCCCACCGACCACGAAGCCCCCGACGCAAGCCAAGAAGAAGAAGAAGCCUUCUCCUCCGACACCACCUCCGCCGCCUGGGGUUUCUACCGCUGGCACCUCGACGGCGGCGCACUCCUCUCCAACCCGGGCUUCGAAUCCGCCAACAUCACCCUCCGCAUCGCGGCCCUCCCCUCCGACGGCCGCGCAGCCUCCUGGUACGACGGUCCGACCAUCUCUGUGCAAUGGAAGCCGCGGCCGCCGAAGGAGAAGCCGGGGCACGUCCCGACCCGCGCCGAUGACCAGGUCUUGUAUGUUGCGCUGCCGCUGGUGUUUGGGUUUGCUGCGGUCAUGAUUGCGGGGACGUUUUGCUGGAACAGGCAGCUGCGGAAGAUUGCUAUUGCUAGUGCUAUGGGCCGGAGUAAUACGGCGGGGGGGUCGAGGCGGUUGAAUGCUGCGAGUCGGGUGGGUGUGGGCGCGAGUCGGAAGGAUCGGGCGAGGAAUCGGGACCAGGAGCAAGGGGUGCGGUUGAUGGAGCGGGGUGGUGGGGGGAGUAGUGAUGAUGAGGAUGGAUGGAGGGGGGGUAAUGCGUGGGGGGAUGAUGCGGCUUCGUCGGGGGCGGCGGGGAGAGUGUUUGAUCGAGUGGAUCGGAAGAGGAUGUAA